UUGGUUGAACAUAAUUGGUUUCCUUACUAGUAUCGCCCUAUGUCCCGCCAUGUGCAAAUCGCAAAUUAACAAAAAUGGCGGAUUCCAUACAGUCGUUCGUCAAAUUUGUUUCAAGAAAAAUCAGCAAAAUCAAAUGGCAGCCAAGCCAGAAACAGACACUGGAAUGUUCAGACACGUUUGUGACUGGAAGCUGGGAUGAUGAGAAAAACAAGAUCUGUCUUUGGCAUCUGGGUAUGCAGGAAUCUAUGGAGAGGGAUGAAAUGGACGACGCACUGGAACCUGCUCUGAAGUGUGAGGCCGACCAUAACGGUGAUGUCACAGGGCUGGAGUACGUUGGAAGUGAUGUGAUUGUAGCAUCCUCGUCCACCGGAUCAGUCGCUCUGUACAAACACCACACCUCAUCACAGACUAUGGGCAUACAGUACAAGUGGCAGUGUCUCCAUUCCCAUGGCAACCAUCUAUGUCCCUGCACGUGUUUAGCAGUGAGGGACAAAACCAUCGUCACAGCGGGGGAAGACGGAAAGAUGGUCGUACUUAGUGCCGAGCAGAAGUCACCGCAACGAAUCAUAGAGAAUGCAGACAGCUCCACCAUCAAUGGCCUGGUUUUUCUGCGACACACAGAGGUUAUCUCUGUCAACUCCUCUGGCCAACUCAAGACCUAUGACCUCCGGUCCAGCUCAGACGCCCCCGCCCAGACCCUCUCUGUGAGCGGUGAGUUGACCUCUCUGCACUCGGUAGACAGACACCCGGGGCAGCCCCACAUUGUGGCAACAGGAAGUGGAGACGGUGUGUUGGGGAUCUGGGAUUUACGGCAGGAGAAAUCUCCUGUAUCUCUCUUAGAGGCCCACAAUGGACCAGUUUGGGAGGUGAAGUUUCACAAGACAAACUCAGAUCAUUUGUUCACUUGCUCAGAAGAUGGCGCUGUUUGGCACUGGGACUCCUCAUUGGUCGGUGCCAGUCACAUGGUACAGACACAGAUCACAGGUACAGGUGCUGGUUCAGGUGGUGCCAAUUUCUCGGUCAACCCGUCGUUUCAGUUCGGUGGUAGCGAGACUCUAAACAAGUGGUUGUCCCCAGACAAUAGUAAGAUGGAGAUUAACUCUCUGAUCGAUGACAACAUUCUCCCUGUGAAUUCUGUAGACAUUGAGUCUCAGACCCUUCUGUGUGGGACGGACUCCGAGUCCAUUAUCACCAUCAGGCUUCCCUCUAUGAGGUAAUGUAGUGAUGUGCACACAGGAGGUGUGGAUUUAAAUGUGUCAUAUGUGUGGUGGAUACUGAGAGAUACCAAGGAAUGGAGUGGAUCCAAGUUUUGGCUGUUCAAGAGUGGUGACAAUUUGGAGGUGGAUCCAGUAAAUGGCUCUGUGUUUUAGGUAUUCCAGGAUGAAGAUUCAUUUGUAAUGGAUUAACUUCAUGUUCAUACCUGUAUUAGGUUACAAGAAUUCUUGAGAAAAAAACCUGUAGAUCCGACAUACUUUCCAUGAUGUACGAUGACCUCUAUAUUGUUUCUUUACAUUUUUAAAGCUGAUAGAUAAGUGCUUCGUUAUUAUUAAAAAGAAACCACCAAUUUUUCAAACUUCUGAAUUGGAAAAUAAGUGCUUUAAGAUUGGCAGCCAGUGUUUCUUUAUUGGGGAGGGAGUAGGGGGAUUAGAAUACCGUAAGUUAUUUAUCAUGACAAGAUGAAAAUGAGAGAUAAGAUGGAUGAACAAGAUGAAGGGCAGACAUGUUGUACAGUAUACUAAUCUGUCCCUGCUAUGUCUUCAACAGUCUGGGCAGUGUAAUGAGAGGGAGACCUAUGAUUGUAAGAAAAUGGUGUGCAUACAUGUAUUAUGAAACUUGAAAUGUGCAUACUACAUCACCAACCACCUGACACUCCAGGGGAACCAGCUAAAGGCUGGUACACUUAGCAUUCGGUGGUAAGGACAGAUAACACUGCCUUCACUAGAAAGGGAGCAUAAUUUUUACUUCAGUCUGUAUAAAAAUCCAAGUGAACUAUGUUCAGAAAAGUUGAUCAUCAAAUUAAUUUUUAUAUGUAUCUUAUGUUAGAGAAUAUGAAAAAUUGUCACAUCGACAAAUUUUUAACUAUUUCAAACUUGCAUGGUUGAUUUAACUAUAAUAUAAUACCGAAUGUCCUGUGUGGUCAAAGAAACUUUUGCAUAGACUGAAAAAUACAAGUUUUGUGUGUUAUCAAAUGCAAGGUUAUGAACCAAUAUUAUUUUAUGCAAAUAAAGAAGAAUUCAUCAUUGAUAUUGUGUCAUUUCCCACUGAACAAAAACUUUUUUUUUAUAAUACAUGUACAUGUAUACCCAAUUGGGUCUUGUAUAAUUGUAAUUCAUGCAGUCAGGUAAAGUCAUUUUCUUACCCAGGUCAAACCAUUCAUGUCUGAUGAGUUGAGGGUAAUUAAUCAUAUGUUGGUUGUUGGAAACAGAACUUGUGUGCUGUAGUGUUAAGUGCUAGAAUGGGUCGUUUAAAUAUGUUGAUGCAUACCCAAAGACACCACAAACCAGGUUCUUUUGACAAUGUUUUGUUAUAUAACAUGUUGUUUGUAUUGUAAAAUAGAUUGUUUUAUGUAAAA